UCGGUCUUUCUCUUCGUUCUUAUCCAUUACCACCCAUCACCUUCUUUCCCCUUCAACCAUAUAAACAUAAACAUAAUAAUAAAACUAUACACACAAACAAACACUCUGUAUCUAUACUUGUUACAAAUACACACACCAUUUCUCAUCUCAAGAUUUGAUCUUUCUAGCUUAAAUGUUAUCAAGAUCCUAUUUUAAUCUUCUAAACCUUGAUGAUUAUUCAUCUCCCACUAGUACUAGAAUUCCAAGAAUCAUGAAUUUACUGGACAAUCAGGAAGGCUCAAACGACGUCGUUUCGUCAACUCAACGCAGGAUCAUUGUAGCUAAUCAAUUGCCGAUCAAGGCCGAGCUGAAUAAAGAGACCCAGAAGUUUAGUUUUGAUUGGGAUAAAGAUGCGCUGGUUUUGCAGCUCAAAGAUGGGUUUAAUUCGGAUGUUCAGUUUGUGUUUAUCGGAUCUUUGUCGGUUCAAAUCGACCCGAAUGAUCAAGAAGAAGUGGCGCAAUUGUUGUUAGAUAAGUUUCAAUGUGUACCCACUUUUCUUUCUUUAGAUUUAUUGAAUAAAUUUUAUCAUGGGUUCUGUAAGCAUUAUUUAUGGCCUUUGUUUCAUUAUAUGUUGCCUGUGACUUCACAUCAUGGGGUUAGAUUUGAUAGGCUUAUGUGGAAAGCUUAUGUGUCAGCUAAUAAGAUUUUUGCUGAUAAAGUCAUGGAAGUGAUUAACCCAGAUGAGGAUUAUGUUUGGAUUCAUGAUUAUCAUUUGAUGGUUUUGCCUACUUUGUUGAGGAAAAGAUUUCAUAGACUUAAACUCGGGUUUUUUCUGCAUAGUCCAUUUCCUUCGUCUGAAAUUUAUCGGACAUUGCCUGUUAGAGAUGAGAUUCUUAGGGCUUUCUUGAAUUGUGAUCUUGUGGGGUUCCAUACUUUUGAUUAUGCUAGGCAUUUCUUGUCGUGUUGUAGUAGAUUGCUUGGGUUGGAUUAUCAGUCCAAAAGGGGGUAUAUUGAGCUUGAGUAUUAUGGGAGGACGGUGAGUGUUAAGAUUCUUCCUGUUGGUAUACAUAUGGAUCAGAUUGAGUCGGUUAAGUCAUUGGCGGAAACUGAGAAUAAGGUUAAGGAGUUGGUGGAGAGGUAUAGAGGGAAAAUUGUGAUGCUUGGGGUUGAUGAUAUGGAUAUGUUCAAGGGGAUAAGUUUAAAGUUUUUAGCUAUGGGACAGCUUUUGGAGGAGCAUCCCGAGUUGAGAGGGAAGGUGGUUUUGGUACAGAUUGUGAAUCCAGCAAGAAGUCGGGGGCAGGAUAUUCAAGAAGUUCAAAAUGAGACGACUAAAGUUGCGAGGGAGAUUAAUGAAAAGUUCGGCACUUCUGACUAUGAGCCUAUUGUUUUUGUCAACGGUCCUGUUUCAACUCAAGAAAAAGUGGCUUACUUUGCUAUUUCCGAGUGUGUUGUGGUGAAUGCUGUAAGGGAUGGGAUGAACCUGGUGCCGUAUAAGUACACAGUGUCAAGGCAGGGUAGUCCUGAAAUAGACAAGGCGAUGGGAGUGGAUGGGACAGAAGUUCCGAGGAAGAGUGUGAUUAUUGUAUCUGAAUUCAUAGGCUGUUCCCCAUCCCUCAGUGGAGCAAUCCGGGUUAAUCCUUGGAAUAUUGACAGUGUGUCUGAUGCGAUGACCUUAGCUGUCACAAUGUCAGAUACUGAGAAACAGAUGCGACAUGAGAAGCAUUACAAGUAUGUCAGCUCGCAUGAUGUUGCUUAUUGGGCAAGGAGUUUUGACCAAGACCUAGAGAGAGCUUGCAGAGAUCAUUACACAAAGAGGUGCUGGGGAAUUGGGUUUGGCUUGGGUUUCAGAAUUGUUGCGUUGGGUCCUAACUUCAGGAAACUUUCGGUGGAGCACAUCGUGUCUUCCUAUAACAAAACUAGUAGCCGACUUAUUUUGUUGGAUUAUGACGGUACAGUGAUGCCACAGGGUUCAGUUGAAAAGACCCCAAGCAGUGAAGUUAUCUCAGUACUAAAUGAUUUAUGCAACGACCCAAAAAAUGUGGUGUUUAUUGUGAGUGGCAGAGGGAAAGAAUCUUUAAGCAAAUGGUUUUCUCCUUGUCAGCGACUUGGUCUAUCUGCUGAACAUGGUUAUUUUACCAGGUGGACAAAAGAUUCACCAUGGGAAUCAGGUGUGUCAGCUGUGAACUUUGAGUGGAAGAAGAUGGCACUCCCUGUGAUGGAGCAUUAUACAGAGGCCACUGAUGGUUCCUUUAUAGAACAGAAGGAAAGUGCUCUGGUAUGGCACCAUCAAGAAGCAGAUACUGAUUUCGGCUCAGCGCAGGCAAAAGAGCUUCAUAAUCAUCUUGAGAAUGUGCUUGCCAAUGAGCCAGUAGUUGUUAAAAGAGGCCAACAUAUUGUUGAAGUGAAACCACAGGGUGUAAGCAAGGGUAUAGUUGUUGAAAGUCUAAUUGCAAGCAUGCAGACUGCGGGUAAGCCACCAGAUUUUGUACUCUGCAUAGGCGAUGACCGUUCAGAUGAAGAUAUGUUCGAGAAAAUUGCAUGCUCUAUAGCCAACCCAUCUACGCCUACCAUAGCAGAAGUAUUUGCAUGCACUGUAGGUCAAAAACCAAGCAUGGCCAAGUACUACCUAGAUGAUACUGAAGACGUCAUAAAAAUGAUUCAAGGUCUCUCAGCUGCAUCUGUUCAGCCUCCCAAGUCUGCUAAUUUUCAUGCCUCAUUCGAAGGAUCUUGUUGACCCCGUCCUCGUUUAUGUGGUAUAGAAUGAGCAAUUAUUGUUGCCCAUUCAGUUGAACGGAACUAAGGUUAGACUAGUGCACUCGCUACGGUUGGUCAGUGUUUGAGAAGAAGGGGGCUCUAAUCUAAAGUUGGGGAAUAAAUGGAGCUUUGUACAAAACAUACGUUCUCUUUACAGGUUCACCUCAAAUCCAAUAGUGAAAUUUACUGAAGUACUUGAUUAAUGAUCGUUACAGUUACCAUUUGACGUGCGAAGUUUCUCCGUCCUUUAGGAAGUUAACUUUGUUUUUCUUUUGUAAAUAUUAGUUGUCUUAGCUUUCUUAUUGUAUACCUGAAAUGUCAAUGCGUUCUGCUGCGAGAUACUUUAAUCUAGCCUUGUUUCUUGUUCC